AUGGUCGCAGCGCGGGCGUCCCUCUCCUCGUGUCCGCCGGCGGAGUGGAUCUGCUGCCUGGAUAAAAGGCCUUCAGAGCGCUCGGGGGAAGACGUGGACAUUAUUCUGACCAGACUGAGAGAAGUCAAAACCUUCCAGAGAUUUCCACCUCCGCUCCUACUACAGAUCUGUGCCUGCGCCUUCUACGAAUGUUUGGAGAAAGGCAUCACAUUGUUUCGACAGGGAGAUAUAGGCACAAGUUGGUAUGCUGUCCUGUCUGGUUCCCUGGAUGUCAAAGUGUCCGAAACUGCCAAUCAUCAGGAUGCUGUCACUAUCUGCACGCUGGGGAUCGGGACGGCCUUUGGGGAGUCCAUCCUGGACAACACUCCUCGUCACGCCACCAUUGUCAGCAGAGAGACCAGCGAGCUGCUUCGCAUCGAACAGCGGGAGUUCAAGAGCCUCUGGGAGUCCUAUUUUGGUCCUCCUCCUUCCUCAUCCUCACCCUCACUACUCCUGCGUCUCCUCCGCUGCUCCCUCGCCCCCGCCACUACCUAUUCUUCCACUAGAGUAGCUCGGCCGUACAGAGACCCGGAUCACCGUGUCCUCAGAAAGCAUGGCCUGUUUGGUAAUGACUUCGCAGAGGAGCAGUGGCACACUCAGACUUAA